AUGGCUAUAACUUCAGAGCAGCUAUGUCGUCGCUACUCUCUUCCGGAUAUUCAAUUAGCAACAAAAAAUUUCGAUGAGGAACGGGUGAUUGGGCAUGGUGGUUUUGGGAAGGUUUACAAGGGUCAUAUAGAUGAAGAGAGAGGUGGCAGCACCAGCGUUGCCAUCAAACGUUUGGAUUCCAUGUCGAAUCAAGGAGCCCCUGAGUUUACGACUGAAGUAGAAAUGCUUUCUAAGUUGAGACAUGCGCACCUUGUGUCUCUCCUUGGUUGUUGUGAUGAUGGCGAAGAAAUGAUACUUGUGUAUGAAUAUAUGCCCAAUGGAACACUUUAUCAUCAUUUGCACAAUAGUAAUACCCCUUUGUCUUGGAUGCAAAGACUCAGGAUAUGGAUAGGGGCUGCACGCGGAUUGGACCAUCUUCACACAGGCCCGACGGGUCAGAGAAGGCAGUGUGAUGUGAACGGUCUUGGGUUGUUACUAAUGGAAAUACUUACAGGGAAACCUGCGCCUUCGGAUUAUAUGGGACGAGAACAUUGGUCACCCAAAGUUGCUUUAGCUUAUGUCGAGGAUCUAGUGGAUCCACGAAUGAGAUUAAAAGAUACUGAACUUGAGAGAGCGCGCGAACUACUUUCCCUAAUACUAAAGUGCACUAGUUACCACUACACAAUGGAACAAGCUUUGAAGGAACUCGAACAAAUAUAUAGCAGAAUGAAAAGACGGUUUUUCUAA